AUGAAGCAGGGUCAAAAUACGCUACAAGAGGAUAAUCCAGGAUUAGUCGAUGAUGCCACUAUGGAAUCUUCAUCAACAUGUCGGUCGAAGUAUGAUGUGUUUUUGAGUUUCAGGGGUCCUGACACUCGCAAAGGUAUCACAUCUGAAUUAUAUUAUCAACUGCAAAAUGAAGGAAUUCAAACAUUCAUGGAUGACCAAGACCUUGAAGUAGGGGAUAGUAUUUCUCCUGAACUCCUAAAAGCAAUUGAAGAUUCAAGUUUCGCUAUCAUUGUUCUCUCGCAAAACUAUGCUGUUUCAACAUGGUGUUUAGAGGAACUCACCAAGAUUUGUGAAUGUAUGAAAGACAACAAAAAAAUUUUGCCACUUUUUUAUUAUGUCGAGCCUACUGAUGUACGAUAUCAGAAGAAGAGUUUCAAAGAUGCUUUCACUAAUCAUAUAAACUCUGGGCGAUACAAAUCAAAGACCAUUCUGCAGUGGAGAGAUGCUUUAAACAAAGUGGCCAGUUUCACCGGGUGGACAACACAAGAAUUUAGGACUGAAAGAGAACUUGUUGAACGCAUUGUUGAAGAUGUGUAUGGUAAAGUAGCAUCAAUUGAAAUCAACAGGAGAGAUUUUCAAGAACUUGAAACAAGAAAAGAAGCCAUGGAGAAGAUUAUGGGGGCGCUAGAAGAUGACGAGGUCACUGCCGUUGGGGUCUACGGAAUGGGCGGCAUUGGAAAGACAACCAUGGUAAAACACGUCAGUGAUGAAGCCCGAAGAAAAGGGACUUUUCGUCACGUGAUUAUGGCAGGCAUAUCCCAUAGCCCUGACUUGAAAAAAAUUCAAGGCAUAUUAGCAGAUCGGCUGGCCAUCCAAUUAAAGGACCAGACAGAAACUGGAAGAGGCAAUAAAUUGAGCAAGGCGAUAAAGAGAAAAAAUAAGAUGCUUAUAAUCUUGGAUGACAUAUGGGAGGCAAUAGAUUUGUCAAUCAUAGGAAUUCCUAGCUACAAGGAGCUUCAAAAUCGCAAUUCCAAAAUCCUAUUCACCACAAGGAGUUUGGAUGUUUGCAAAUCCAUGGAGAGCCAACCAAACAUUCUCCUCGAUGUGUUAUCAGAUCAAGAUUCUUGGAAGUUCUUUGUGAUGAUAACAAAAUUGUCUUUUGAAAUACCAUCCCCUUUCUAUAAUGUAGCAAGGGAUGUCGCAAGAGGAUGUGCUGGUCUUCCAAUUGCAUUGGAAGCAGUUGCAAAGGCACUUAAAGAGAAAGAAAUGAAUGAAUGGAAUGAAGCAGCUCAGCGGCUAAAGGUUUCUCAACCGGCCACCCAUGAUGAUGUGAGAGUGUUCAACUGUGUAAAGUUCAGCUAUGAUUGCUUGAGAUCAGAAGAUGCCAAGUCUUGCUUCUUGCUUUGCGGCCUUUUCCCUCAAGAAUAUGAUAUCCAAAUUGAAGACUUGCUAACGUAUGGGUUCGGGAAAGGACUGUUUCAAAACUGCCGAAUUUGCAACACAUUGAAAGACGCUAGAGACAUUGUCCAUUCAGAGGUCCGGUACCUUAAAUCUUCUGGCUUGCUCUUGGGCGGUAAACAUGAUGGACAGAUAAGGAUGCAUGAUGUCAUUCGACAGAUGGCCAUAUUAAUUUCAUUUUCUGAAGAUGGCCAACGUGCUUUGGUAAAAGCUGGCUGCAAAUUACAGAAGUGGCCAAAGAUUAAUCCACAGGCAGGCUACUACGCAAUUUCACUAAUGAUGAACAAAAUUCCCAAGCUUCCGGAAAAGUUUGUCUGUCCAAAACUCCAGAUAUUAUUACUACAACACAAUCCUGACGUAAAGGAGAUCCCGAAUUCUUUUCUGGAAAGUCUGAAUGAAUUAAGGGUGUUGGAUCUUAGCAAAACUAGUAUUUCUUCACUACCCUCAAAAUUUGAUUUCCUAAACAACCUCCAUACAUUGUAUUUAGAUUCUUGUGAGACAAGUUUUGACCUGUCUGUACUCGGAAAACUUAAGAAGCUUGAGAUUCUUAGUCUGAGAGAAUGUUGUCAUAAGGUUCCAAAAGAAAUAGGAGACUUGGCCAAUCUAAGGAUGUUGGACAUCACUGAAUCGCGGAUUGUUAAAAUUGCAUCUAACGUGAUAUCAAGUUUAAAAGAAUUAGAGGAACUGUACUUGCAAUGUAAUUUUGAAGACUGGGGGUGUAAAGUUGAGGAAGCCGGAGAAGAAACUAAUGUUCACUUUGAUGAGUUGGUUGGAUUGCCAUAUUUAACCAGUCUCAAGGUUCACAUAUCUCAAGCAAAAUUCUUGCCUACAGCUGUUGAGGUCCAUCCAGAUUGGGAACACUUUGAUAUAUGUAUCAGCAACGAGGACGUGGAAGUGAUAGAAUCCACUUGGAAACCGCGCUUCUCUCGUGAUGAUUCAAGAACCUUAACUCUUAGCACAACAAUUCAUACCUUACCGGAGUGGUUUAUCAAUGUGGUGACAAAGAAAGCAGAGAAACUACAAUACAGAAAAUGCAAGGCAUUAAAAAACAUUCUUGUGGAACAUGACCAUGGGGGAUUACAAGAGCUGAGGCAUCUCUCCAUAGUUGGGCGCCAUGAGAAUUUGAAAGAGGUUAUGAAUGCAGAAACAUGGGAUUCAAAGGAACGUGUAUUUGAGAAGUUGGAAGAGUUGCAUCUCUUUGAGGUGGACAACAUCAAAAAGUUAUGUGUUGGUGAAUUACCAUCUGGGUCGCUAUGCAAUCUCAUGUUAUUGGAUGUGAGAUGGUGUCAUGACCUGGUGAAUGCACUUUUACAAUCAAGUUUGUUGGAGAGACUGCAGUCCCUGGAAAAACUUCUCUGUGCACAUAUGGAUGGAGUGGAAUUUGUGUUUGAAUAUGGUCAAACUACUAUCUGCAAAAAGUUGCGAGAAAUGAGAUUGUGCUAUCUACCAAAACUAAUAAAGAUAUGGAAUGGUCAUGCUCCACAUGCAAGCUUCCAUAAUCUUAAAAUUUUGGCAGUUAGCAGGUGCAAGAAGCUGAAAAGUUAA